UCGCAGGUUGUUUCACGGGUGCGUUCUUUGUCACUGGGAUCUUUGAAAUCCUCAGAUGUAAGCUUCCUCUGUGGUGUUUUUUCUUUUCCUGUUUCUUGAUUGUGUUAAGCCUGCGCUUAUGUUUCGGAGACUAACUCGUUUGUUUUUUCUGUGACAUUUUUUAGGUGGUUAAUCCAGAGACUCAGGUCAGUAUGCGUUUUAAUUAGCUCAUUUAAUCUUACACCAUUACAAACUUUCAAGAUUGCUUCUCCAUGGACUGAUAUUUAGUCACAGUGAGUCUGGGCUCGUCCAUUAGUCACAGACUCCUGAUUUGCGUUAAAACUUGGCUCGUUUCCGGGAUUAUUUCAUGUUCAGUGAACUCCUCUCGUGAGUAAUUGUUGAAUUGCAUUUUGAAUCAGUCAGUUAGAAGUGUAUUCGUUUAAACUUAUACAUGUAUUUCGUGUGCUAAAGCAGUCAUGUGUGACGCUUGACAUAUUGGUUUACAAAGGUUUUAAAGAAAAUAAAAUCGAGUCACGUUCAAAUAUAGAAACUCCGUGUGCAAUGAAGAAUCGACUUUGACAUCGUGGUGUGACAGUGAAUAACAGCUGACGAUCGCGCGUCCUUCGCAAGAAUUAAUUGAAGCAUUAUAAGCUUUACGUCUCUUCCAGCAUUUCGUUAUAUGUUAAUUUUCCGUGAAAAACAAACGUCAUGCAAGAGAACUCGCAAAUGAAUUACGAAAUAUUAUAGUUUCAUGAGGGCUUCGCAGAGUUUUUUACUUCAUGAUUCUCAGGCGUAGUUUCCUUUUUUAAAAGUUAAUGGUUGGGUGGGUAUUAAUAAAUAAUUUCACCGUUUUAAUACUCCAAUCAGAUUUCCAAAACACUGAAACUUGGCUUUUUUACUCUGUUUCUUGAUGGUGUUGUACUCCAUCCAGAAAAUUUCUUACUCCCUCAUGGAGGAGAGUUUAUUGAUUUGAGCCAACCACGUCUCUUUGCCUUUAAUUUAUACCCUUUGCCUCCUCAAAAUGUGUACUGACCCUCCUUUGAGUGUUUUUGGAUCAUUUAUUGAACCACACGUCGUUUUAUAGGUUGCUGAGCAGAAGGCACGGAAUGAAGAUGCAGGUCAAUUCACUGAGCUAGUGAGAGACUUCCUAAACCCAAAAGACUUCUACAAUGCCUUGUGUAUGCAUGGCAUGGAUUAUUUUUGUGGGGUCCCUGACUCCCUGCUUAAAGACUUUUGUGCCUAUGUGACAGCUGUCACUCCAAAGUCACGUCAUGUCAUAACAAGUAAUGAAGGACAGGCAGUUGCUCUGGCCGCUGGUUAUCACAUGGCAACUGGAAAAGCAGGGGUGGUUUAUCUUCAGGUAAUAGUGAUCACCUAUUUCUUUCUUCCUUCUUUGAUUUUGCCCUUUGUUUCUUUAUACAUACAUAUGUAGAUAAGAUAACUCAAGAAUAUUCUAUCUCAUUAUUUAAAGUACAGGUAUAACUUGGGUUACAAUGAUACAAUUUCCUAUGAUAUUGUGGGGGUAUUAGAGCACCUCGCUCGCUAGGUUUAGAGGUACCAGGUAUCUCUUGGUAUUCUUUAUUCUUCACAGCAGCUCAUAUGUUUUCUUCUACUGCAUCACUUAUGGCCAAAUUUGUUAUAUCGCGCUGCAUGUUUGCAAAUUUCAAAUGGGUUUUUCUGUUCCGUCAAUCAUUUGAGUGGGGGUGGAGUUAAUGCACAUCACAAUGCAACGCAACUCACCCAGCUUGGCCCGCAAAAACAAAAUUGAGAAUUACCCUAAACUGCUCAAGAAAAGUGAAGGAAACCGCGAUGAUGAGUGGAAUUUUUGUUGAGGGCAGGAGGCAGACAUUGCUUUCUUGCAAGAGACAAGAAUAAGAAAGAUCAUAAAAAGCUGCAAAGAGAACUAGUCAAUCAUUGCCUGAAACAGUGCGAAACAGGGUGAUCACAAUCAGCAAACCUUGAAACACAGAAACAAACCAAGUUGAUCGAAACACACCAAUCACAAGUAAACAUGUGUUUCCUAAGAGGUCCGCUAAGAUGAUUGAUGGAACAGAAAAACCCAAAACUCCUUUGAAGUUUGAAAAACACACAGCCCGAUACAAUGAAUUUGGCUAUAACAACCUCUACUUAACAUAAUUACAACAUCCCAACUGUACACCACUACCAAAAAAACUGCGCCAAAUGUAGUGAAUGUAGUGAUGUAAUGUGUGAAUGUAGGUUCGACUUUGGGCUUGCUGACCAUGAGAGUUACAAACUUGCUUCCUUAAGUGACUUAAACUAAUUUCCUGUUGAUGACCAAAGUGAAAUAAACAAACUUAUAAGCUUAAUAAUGUCAAGUACUAGAAAACCAAUGGAAAAUAGAUAGCUAAACUAACAAGGCUGUACCUUAAACCAAAACAAGAACUCUGUGAUCUGAUGUAGGUAACAAUCAAGGUCAGUGAUCAUCCCAAAAAGUGCACCCUUCAAGGACUGACACUUGUGUUAAAAAACUAAUUAAAAUAGGUCAUAAAAUUAAAAAACCUGUUGAUUCAAACACCGAUUAACCUUGAUCUUCAAACCUAAUAACAACAAUACUCUAAGCACGUGUGAAACUUCAAGUGUAAACAUGAAAUAAACUAAAAACAUCCUAUAAAAUACUUCGCAACAAUAUGAUACAUAUUGUAAUAUAAGGGCCACAAAAUGAUUAGCAAUAAAAAUUAUUAUAUUUAUAACUGUGUUUGACAAGACUGCACUGUGUUCAAAGCUGUGGAGACCUCAUGUUUUGCUUGUCAGGCACACAAGACUUUACUGCUGGCCUUGUUCAGACGCCAAACUUUUCAUGAGCCGAACCUAAUUCAAAUUAAGGCUGAAUUGAUGCUGAUCUUAAUUGCAGCUGAACUAAAUCCAAGAGGAAAAAAAAUGCUUAUUUUUUUCAAACUUCUUACAAAAUACUUUAUAUCUGAUUUAUAAACUAGGGUGCAUGACAAAUUUGCCAUCUGAAUCAGCACUGUUCCAAUAAUAUUUAGUCAAUCCAAAGUCAAAAUUCCUGACUGGACUAGGCGGGAAGAAUGGCUGAGCUGUUCUAAAUGAAAAUUAGGCAUUCCUAGUUGAUUCAGACAUCAAACUUUUCAUGUACUUAAUUCAAUGUAUUAGGUUUGGCUCAUGAAAAGUUCAGCGUCUGAACCGGGUGAUGGUAACAAAUAAUUACCAAGGAAAUUUUUGUUCCCCAUCUUGUCUGCUACAUUGAAUAUGAUGGGAACAAUCCGAAGUAAGGGUGGCUUGUUUUUUUUUUUUUUCAUUUGUUUCUAUUGUAAAUUAUAUAGUAAUGUCGGAUUUGGUUAACAAACAUUUUAAGAAGUGAUUUCUUAAAAUUUUUUGUGGUAGCACAAUUUAUUGUAUCAGAUUAUUGCAUCAUCGUGAGUCAAAUAUCAAAACUGAUAUUCACAUCAUGGGAAGAAACAUCACAGUUGCCAGUUUGAACGUUGCUAGUAUCUGUAGGUGCAUGGAAGCAAUGAUUAAAGAGUUUUAACUAAUAACUGCAGCAUACUAUUAGAUGUAAGAUUAGAGGAAAUAAAAAAAACAGUUUUUUGGGUGAGUAAUAACUGUCAAGGAAUGGAGUGGUUUUAGGGGUGUGGUUGCUUUUUUUCAGUAAACAGGUUGCAAGUAAUGGCCAUAUGUACAUUAUGUAUAAUGUACAGGCCACUCUUAGCAUGUAAGUGUCAUUUUUAUAGCAGUUUGUUAUAAAUGCUAGUUACUUAGCACUGUCCUAUUAUAGCCUUUUUUCUUUCCACUAGAAUUCUGGACUAGGAAACAUAGUCAAUCCUCUAAUGUCCCUAGCUGUGCCAAAUGUGUACAGCAUCCCCAUGCUGUUGUUAGUAGGGUGGAGAGGAGAGCCUGGAAAAAGAGACGAACCACAGCACAUGAUACAAGGGCAAGCUACACCUGGCAUACUUGGUAUGCUAACUUCUCUUUAUCCAUGUACAUGUAACCCUACAAAAUUACUGUAUUCUGUCAAAGUUUGAAUGUCAUUAUACAAGGCUUUUUUCAAAGUUUGAAUUUGGAGCACUUGUAUUAAGAGCGGCUUAUUUUCAGAAUUUUAAGACGUUUCUAAUGUUAUGACUCUCCUCACUUUCAAGAUUAGCAGCUUUAAGGAGCCACUAGUGUCAGGUUUAUUUAAAUUGUUAGGGUAAAAAAACUUAAUGUCAACUUCACAGGCAAAAAACUGAAAAUUAAUGCUGGUAACUGUUGUGUUUACAGUCCACAGUAUUUUAGUUGUGUGCUAGUGACAUGGUUUAACUGUUGUACAGACUCCAAGAAUACUGAACACAGUAAAUUGUUCACUGAAAACAAAUUACAGUUUUCUCAUAUUAAAUUAUAAUAACUUUUUAGUAAGGGCAGAUGUGAAAAUAAUACCCUUUUAAUUUACAUGCAUGAGAUUAACUCAAUUUGAACAGCUUGGGAGAUACUUUCCACAGGCUGUUAUUUCCAUGGUACCCCUACUAUUCUUACUAUAAUUAUCAUGUGACAGUGUUUGUAAAACUGAACAAACUGUUGAGACCUUUUCACUUUUGUUGUUUUUUCGUGAUUUUUUUUUUUCAGCAUCGUGUGGUAUUCCUUUCCAAGUAUUACCUGAUUACCAGGAAGGUGCUGAACAGGUAAGAAAUUGAAAUAAAAUUCAUCUGAAGAGUAUGUAACAGCAAAAAAAAAAACAAACAAAAAAAGCUACACAUACUUCCAUUAAAAAGGGGCUUUUAAGGGGUCUGUUACUGGUGUCUGAAGUGAUAAUCUGCCAAACAUGACAGUGAGUUUUGUUAAUGAUAUUCUUGCAUCAUAAUGUAAUGCAAGAAUCAGGAGAAUAUAUGUAUACUGGGGUGGCCAGAGAGAUCCUUUCUUUACUGUUAACCAGUUCUCCAUCGUCAGCAUUAUAGGAUUUAAUGUAAGGUUUCUUUGAUGCCCUACCUCUUUUAAUUUUAUUUACUCUAACUGCAUGGCAAAAUUGUUUUAUUGUACUCAGUUAUUUUACAUAGGUAAACUUUGACUUAAAAUGUAAGAAAGAAAACUGUUGAUUGCCAUGAUGUUUUCUGACUGACACAUUAUUUGACAUUUUUUCAGGCUUUGUAUGUUGCCAGAAAACAUAUGGAAACAUCUAAGGGGCCCUACUGUCUUCUAGUGCGGAGGCAAAACUUCAUACCAUACAAGCUUGAAAAAGAGCCAGAUCUGUUAGUACUUUGACUGUCAAUUUAUGAUAAUUGUUACUGGAACCUACAGAACAGGAACUUACAGAUUUAAAUCACCAUGUGACACAAAAUUUUAUUAAUUGGCAUUUUUGCAAUUUUGUCUUGUUUUUCCAUUUUUUUUGUGUGUGUGUGUGUGUGUGUGUAAUUUUUUUGUAUCUAGUUUUUGAAUUUACAUAUUUUUAUGGUAAAAAAAUGGCGUUCCCCCUAAAAAAAUUUCCACAAAAAUGUUCUCCUCUGAAGUUAAGUUUAAUAAAAGAAAACAAAGUGUUGUACUUCCAACUAAACACAACCUUCUGAAAAUUGCCAAAAUAAAUCUCCAGCAACAAAACUACAUAAAAACUACCACCUUUUGGCCAUCCCAAUAACAGUUCCCCUAUUGUUUUCACCUCGCUUAAGCAGCCAUCAUGCAUUUGAUUCAUUAAUUUCUUGGCUUUAUUUUUAAAAUAUGGUGAAAGAAAAAUAGCAGUCCAAAAAGAAGGUGACAAGGGGGUGGCUAGCAAGGUUCACUAUAGCUUCCACAUAGCACAAAAAAACAUUGAUCCACAGAAUUAAACUCCCCAAAAUAACUCCUGCUUCAUAAUAUGUUACAGUUAAACCUCUCUUCAGAAACUAUUAAUUUGUGCUAACAGUCAAUCUAGGUACAUUUACUCUUUACUUAGUAAGCUCUUCACAACAGCAUCCUGUCAUCAAAUGUAGUGUGGGGACUAAAGCACAUGUCAAAGGCUGAAAUUUACCUUUCUACAACAGCCAUUUAGAGGCCGACUAUUGAACACUUGUAUGUUGUAGGUCAAAAUGAAAUUUAACUUAAAAUGGUUUCAGCCUAGAUUGAUUCACAAAUAUUAUCCUUUUUCUCUUAGCCCUAAUAAUUCAUGAUCAUAACCAAUUGGAGUUUGGAAAUCAACGUUAGAAUCAACAUACUGAGGUUGAAACAAUUUUGAUGUGAAGUUCAGUUUGACCUACAUGUACACAAAACCCUUUUUUAGCAUUCUACUGGUAAAAAUUUGUAAGAAAAGCUUUAUUACAAAAAUUUUAAUUUUAACAAAAAUCAGUUGGGAGUCAGAAGUUUACUCUCUCCUGUUGUCAAUUGAGUGUAUUCAAUUUGUGAUCAUUUUUGUUUUUCUCUUGGUUAGUUACCCACUGAACAGGGAAGGAGCCUUGCAAGUCAUUGUGGAUUCCCUAAAAGACCGUGAUGUGGUUGUUGGUACAACUGGUAUGCUGUCGCGGGAGCUCUUUGAAUACAGGGUUGCCAAGGGUCAUGGCCAUGAGAAGGAUUUUUUGACUGUUGGAUCUAUGGGUCAUGCGUCAGCUAUUGCAUUGGGUAUUGCCCAGUUUAAACCCAAAAGACAGGUAUGAUGAUUAUUUUCUCUGCUCAGUAGCACUUGAAUUACUUAAGGCUGAAGGAAUAAUUAUUUUAACAUAGAGUUUUCACACUUCAAAAUCAAUUCUGUCACUUUUGCUAAGUUACCGGUAGAGGUAAUACAUGUACCUGCUUUCUGCCAUUCAUUAUCUAUUUCAAAACAUUUGUUGACAAAAGCUUUGGACUUUCAUCUCAUCUGAUCUCAUGCAUUUGGACCUUCUAUCACUUAUAAUCUUAUCAUGUGCAUUUCGACCUUCUAUCAUAUGAAAGUUACAUUAGUAAAAUUUGGAGCAACAGAGUUUUCAGGGUUUGAAAAAAAAAAACUUUCAGCUUGUCCUUCUGAAACAUAAGAAGGCCUGAAAGUUACUUGCCUAGCAAGAACAUUUGUCACACUAUUGGAGAGGAAUUUUUUUGAGCACUGGUUUUGACGUUUCAUCUCACCCUCGCUCCCUAACCUUUGGUUAUUGGUACAUGUAGUUGAUGCUAAAUAAAUAGCAGGAACAUGUAAAUUAAGAGGUCUAAAUUGUUACUGUUGUUUUUUUUAUUGGUAAGAUAUUUUGCAUUGAUGGUGAUGGUGCUGUGAUCAUGCACAUGGGUGCCCUUGCCACUAUUGGACAAAGUGAAGUACCAAACUUCAAACACAUUUUAAUCAACAAUGGCUGCCAUGAUUCAGUAGGAGGACAACCCACAGUUGGUUUUAGUCAAACUUUUGAUUUUCUGGAAAUCGGCAAAGCAUGUGGAUAUAGAUCAGUAAGUCUGAGGACACAGUGUACAAUUUUUUUUUAAUUUUAAGUUCAUUUAUUUCUUCUACCAGUUUUAUCGAAUCACACGGACUUGACUGAUCAUGGAAUCAACAAAUGAGUGCAAAAGAACUAACUUUAUACCUAAUGAUUAUGGUAACAUGAUAUUCCUGUUAGGCUCAGCGUGUAAAGAAAGUAGUGUCCAAUAGCCCAGGGCUAGUGGAUUUUGCUAUCGGGCUAGUAAAUACUGUUUUUAACUUGCCCGAUGGGCCAGUGAUAUUUUUUGAGGAAUUCGACUAAGAGAAGAACUGAAGUCAAUUCUGCUAGUCAAGGAGUGUUUUGGGCUAGUUGAAAUAUAAUGAUGCCUGGGCUAGUAAAUGCUAGCUUCAGCUUGCCCGAAUGGUUUUUGGAAGCUGUAAAAAUGAUUUUCUUUGCACCCUGAGGCUGUUAACAGUGGUAAAACACCCACAAAAUAUGGAUGCGGAGUGGAGGAGUGAUGAUUUCACCUAAACCAAACUAAUGUAAAUAAUGAUGGGAUUAUGGCUAGGCUUGUCAAAGAAAGAGCAUGCUGAUGAUUACCCACUUGCCAAAAAAUCACUGGGUUAUUGUAAAAUGGUGCAGAGGUAUAAGGGGUAGGGAUGUUAUGCUUUGAUGAGUCCUCCCCAAUAUUUCUUUUAAAAUUAGCUUGGAUUGCAAGGCGUACAAUCUAGGUCAAAUGUAGAAGGAUUUCUAUGGUGGCGUUAGAGGCUGAAUAACGUCGCUUCCAUCUCACCACCAAUUUGCACAAUGGUUAUUUUUGGCAAGUGAACACUUUUCUUCCUGUUCUUUCUGACAACUACCAAUCAAUCUCACAAUUUCCCAAAUUAAAAUUGUUUUGGAUGUUUCAUCCCUUCUUUACUCUCACUUGCAUGUCCCUAUCUUUACAUUAAAUGUUAUUGUUAAAUGGUCUCCUCUCAAAUUAUGUACAUGUGUAUGUAAAACUGAUGAGAUGGUUCGUUGAUUUCUGUUUCUUUGUUCAGGUAUUAGCAGCUGAACAACCAGAGGAGAUAACUGAAGCUAUUGAACUCAUGAGAAGUCUGGAGGGUCCAGUCCUCCUGGAGAUCAAGACAAACAAGGGUGGAAGAAAAGACCUGGGGCGACCAACAAGAUCUCCAAUUCAAAAUAAGAAGGACUUCAUGCACUUCCUAGCUAUUGACCACUAA